CAAAUGUCUCAGCAAGACCGACAUUAAAUGUGGAUGGCUGAAGAACCCAAAGACUUCGAUAAAAACAGAAACCAAAACAAUGGAAGAAUUAUUUCCUCCUACACGCCCAGAUUACUCGGUGAUGACAAAGUUAGUUUAAGUUUCAAAAUCAUCAAAAAAUCAAGUGCUUUGCAGUCUUACAAGAAAGGAGACUCCUUGGUGACAUAUUUCAAUUUGGUAGCAGCCAACAAAGAUGGUACUUAUAUUGUUCGAGUAUAUCUGAAGCACAAAUAUAAUUUCAUCAAAGAAGGAAUGUCAUACAGAUUCACAGAUAUGAUUAAGAAAGGAGACACAUUCUGGGCUGUCAGUACCACCACUAUUGGUUGUAUUGCUCCUCUGAAAAAUGUCACCACAUUGGACAUGGAACUCCCUGAAAAUGAGAAGCCUGAAGGAGCAUCUAGGUGUCUGAAGGAUGCACUACAUUGUCCUCACAAAUCCACAGUUAAAGGGAAGGUUGUACAGAUCUCUCCACUUAAACGAAGGAGAAAUGGUACCCUCGUCGUAAGGAGUAUCUCCAUAAAGACACUUCUGGUGUUGCAAAGAUAUGCCUUUUCGAAUCUACAGCAGAAAUGCAGUUCGAAAGGGAUCAAAUAUUGCAAGUCACUUCCGUAUAUCCGAAGAUUUUUCAAGGUGCACAGCAACUGACUGGAUCAGUCAGCACAAAAUGCCAGUUUGUCCAGGAUGACAAUUUCAAAGAUUUACCUGUUACAGAGAAAGAUUUUCUUGAGGAUCAUGAUUUUGACAUAGAAGAGGAUCUUGCGGAUGGGGAACCUUUUCAGAUAAAUAAGAUUUCUGAUGCCUACAGAUAUUUGUGCUGUUCAAGUGAAGGAUGUCGCAAAAAAAAAAAAAUACUUGACAACAAAUGCCCUAUUUGUAGCAAGGAGUCCAACAACACAUACGGAUGCAGAAUUACUGUAGAAGCAGAAAACUGCAAUACAAAUGUGUGCACUACAGCAUCCCUAUUCAAUGAUGAUGUAUGCUCUUUGUUCUCAAUUGAUCAGCAUACUCUUGCCAGUUCUGAUGACUUGCUGUACAAUUUGUCUCUGAAACUCCCGGUUCAUUUUACAGCUAAAAGGGUAAACAACAAGUUCUAUAACAUGAAAAAAAUGUAAAUCUUAUCAUGUGACCAUCUUUUUGCCGUGAAAG